AUGCUGUACCACCACAUUUUUAACAAGACACAGCCUGUCUCGGACUACCUUCAGAGCCCUCAACUUGACCAUGUCCAAGCGGGCCGAUUAGUGACCGGGUUGAUCCCUGCGGUGUCUUCCAUCUCCCUGGACAAUGUGCUUGAAAAAGCAUCACACCUUGCUGAGAGCUGUAAUAAAGAACUUGAAGAGUUAAGCGAAGAUUCUGACUUCCUGAAAAACUAUUCGCCAGUCACCGCUCGAGUGAAGACUGGAUGCAGCUCCAGCUCAACUUCUACAGCCUCGGCAGGGACUUCGAGAUCGAGACGAGUAUCGGUUGUCCCCGUGCGACAUGGCGAACGUGCUGUUGAUGAAAUGCGGCAGCUGGCUGAAAACGCACCUUCACCCAAUCAUAUGCUGAAAGUUCACACCCUUCUACCAGUAAUGGACCGCUGCCUGUCGGAGCUGCGUCACCGCUUUAACGAAGAAUCUCUCACUCUAUUUAAGUCAUGCAGUUUCUUGAGUCCCCAGAGAUUUGCUGAAAUAAAAGAGAACGGAGUCCCUAGUGGCGCUCUUGAUCAUCUCUGUAAGUUAGCUGGUGCUGAAAGUGCAGUGGUGAUCCAGGAACUUCUCGCAUUUUCUCAGAGCUAUGAGACACUACAAAAGACUAUUCAGGCAGAUUUUAUUCAGAGGGAAUCAGAGGAUUUUGAUUAUCAGGAUAGUGACGGCGAAGACGCAACAGAGGCGUCAGAGUCAGAGGCUGAAAGCGGAUUCACUGGUUCUGCUAACACCACCAGCAGCAGCAGCACCGCUACCGGCUCGCAGUCCGCGUGUAAGGGGUGUCUUCGGUGCCCGUAUAGGAUUUUGCGAAAACAUGGCCUGUACAGUUCUGCAUUCAAGGAGUUGGCAAAGGUAUACCAAGUCGCGCUCACUCUGCCUUGCACACAGGUGACUUGUGAACGAUGCUUCAGCCGGCUCAAGAUCAUUAAGAACAGGCUACGAAACCGUAUGGAGGAAGACUUACUGCGCUUCUGCAUGAUAAUUUCCGUUGAGCGUGAACUAGUUGACACACUAGAUAUGACCGACAUAGUCAACAGAUAUGCAAAAAGCUCCGAAGAGCUGCGCAGGCAUCUUAUUGAGCAUUAAAGAGUGGAUUUUAAAGGUCUUAUAUGAGUUCUUUUUU